AUGCGUCCUUCACCCCGUGCUCGUGCGUCCCCGUCUGCUUCGGGCUCUUCGCCUGGCUCUCGGAACGACCUGUUCGUUCCCCCCUCGCCUGUGCCCGACCGGUCCCGGAAGAGCGCGCGCCUGGCGUCCCAGGACGCUGGAUCCGUCCGCACCUUCCUCACGGCCCGUGGCGUCGUGCCAGUCACCAGCAACUACUCCAUGGCUUAA